GUUUUAUCAGUUUUUGUUUUACAUCAUUAGGUUUUUGUCUUAGUCUAUUGUUAGGCCGUGUAUUAAAUGUUUUAGCGAUAUUUAAAUUCGUUAUUAUGUAUAUGAAAAGUUGAUUUACAAUGCGGAAUUAUACAAUAUAUUUAAGAUCCGGUCCACCUCCCGCUUUCAGGAUGAUGAACGCAUACAACAUGGACUCCACCGCGCCACCUAUCUUGUUCCACGCGGCGUGUCGCAGGAAGGAAAAAGAAUUCUGGGAAACGGUUAAAACGCACCUCACAUACAAAGGUUACUACGACAAGUUCCCGACGCCCCGGCUGUUGCGGGAGGCGAUGGACGAGUACCGCAGUAUACACCUGGAGCCGCCCCUUGACGCCACCGGCAAGCCCCUUCCCUACCCGGCAAUGACCUCCAAAGCGGACAUCAUCGACCGAGAGGCCAUCGAGACCAUUGACGCCCACGCGCUCGGGGCGCCCCGCGUGCUCGCGUACGAGGACAUGUACAAGCUGGUGAAGUACCUGACGGGCGAGUGUAACAACGACGUGGAGAGGCUGAGGGCCAUCUUCCGCUGGAUCGCCUCGCAGAACCUCAAACAGUGGCACGACGAGGUCUCCUUCAACAGGGAUUCUGCGGCUUACUAUCUGGCGCGUAUCCGGGCCAAGAAGGCGAACCACAAUCAGCUGCUGCAGAGGAUGUGCAGCCUCGCCAACAUCUACUGCGUGAAGAUCAGAGGCUACGUCAAGGGUGUGGACUAUGGUCUCGGACAGGAGCUCACCGAGUGCGACUCCACGUGGACGGCGGUGCUGGUGGACGGCGCCUGGCGGCUCCUCGACGUCUACUGGGCCACGUGCCACCGCGUGCACUCCGGGGACAGCUCAUGGGAGCUCAUCGACGACGGCCAGAGCGACGUCUCCUCCCUGGCGUCGAUGUCGUCCACUCCGCGGGGGCGGCUGAACAUCUCGAAGACUGAAUACGCGUAUAAUGAUUAUUAUUUCCUGACUGAUCCAGAGCAGUUCAUCUAUUCCCAUUUCCCAGUCGACGAAAAAUGGCAGCUCCUGGCAAGACCUAUCACCCUGGAGGAGGCGAAGAAAAUGGCACUCCUAAAGCGCAACUUUUUUAGCAUCGGCAUGGACAUCGUCUCCCACCCUCGCUACAUCAUCGAGUGCGACGCGGGCGAGGAGCAGGUGACCUUCUCAACGCCACAGGACGUCAAGGUCAACUACAAGUACGAACUGUACGUGGAGUCGGACAGCGACAGCGCCGAGGAGCUGCACAAUAUGAGCCUGGAUCGGUACGUCUUCUUGGAGAAGGUCACCAAGGAGAAUCUCUUGAACGUCAAGAUGAGGUUCCCGGCGGCUGGGAAGUUUAAGCUUAAAAUUCUGGCCAAAGAACAAGAAGAGCGGUCCUUCUACUAUACGGUGACCUACAUCAUUGAUGUCCUGGCUCCAAUGGAGAACUGCAGACCACUGCCGAAGAACGAGCGAGGCGAAUGGGGCCCAGGUUUGGACACCCAGGAGUUAGGAUUGGAACCGAUCACCCAUGAUACAGGAGAAGUGCCAGCGGAAGACGGUAAGGCCGAAGUUCGCUUUGGUUUGACAAAGCCUGUCGAAUUCAAACACAAACUCGUCACCGGCGAUGACAAAGAACUGCCACAUAGUGUACUCCAGAGAGUUGAAAACCAAGAGGCCAUUUUCAAUAUCCGCGUUCCAGAGGAGGGUGAAUAUGCCUUUAACCUUUAUGCCAAAGAGGAAGGUCAAUCGGGAGAAUUUCCAAACGUGUGUAGCUACCUACUGAAGUGUGAAGAAGAACCCGAAGACAAAGCUUCAUUCCCUGAUGUUGGAGGCGACAAACUAGGGCCCACUGACGCAUUCAGGCAGUUCGGAAUGCAGAACAUAUCCAUAAUGCCCGCGCUCAUGCUCGCUCCAAUCACCGGCGAGGUCACGCUGCAAUUUAAACUCUCGCGCCCGGCCGUGUUUAUCCCAGAACUUCUCUUACAUAAUAACGACGGAAACAAAACGGACUUCUCCGAGUACACGAUGUGGGACAUUGUAAACGGCGUCGCCACUUUCUACAUCACCAUUCCCCGAGUGGGGAUGUACAGCCUCGCUAUUCGAGCAAAGCCAACCGUUCAAUCAGAAAACUUCACACCGAUCUUCCACUCCAUCAUCGACGCCAUCAUCCCGAAGAAGCAGUGCCUCCCGUGUCCCCAGCAGUCCAUCGACUGGCCGUCCGACUGUCACGUGGUCAAACCCUUGACGGGAGUCCUUGCCGCUCGCGAACUCAUCCACUUUGAGAUUGAGUUCCCACGGGCAUAUGAAUUAGUUGCUACCAGCGGUAACGGCUCGAAGCUCCUCAAGAAGAACGCCCAGGGUAUCUGGGAAGGGGAGGUGUUGUCUGGCAACGAGGACUCAGUGGUAACCAUCUCCGUCCGGCAUAGUGACGUCGAUGACUCCCAUUACAUCUUGACAUACAAGGUGAUUGAAAGGGACGAAAUCGUGGGAGAACGCUUACGUCAGCUGGACCGCUACAAGGACGCCGUGAGGAGGGCGGAGGCCUUUAGAGACGCCGGGAAACUGCCGAAGAAUUUUGACUGGUCCAAGUUGGAGGACAUCGACGAAGAAGAUCUCGAAGAACUGGAGAAUACAAAAAGCACACAGACCGUUUUGACGUUGUUGUCUGCUGACCUACAGCUCACGAGCCAGUACCUUUACUACGGAGAGUAAAACUUGGUGCCGUGAUCAGUACGUUAUCACGGAGAGUAAAUCUUGGUGCCGUGACCAGUACCUUUAUAACGGAGAGUAACGCUUGGUGCCGUUACAUUCCCUGAUUCCAGUACAUUGAUGUCAAGGCCAAGAUUGUAUUUUUAGGAGUUAACAUUUGUUCGGUCGUGACUUGUUUUCGUGAAAGCUUUGUUCUUAUUAAUGCUUGUUCAAAAAGUAUGUAGCAAAUAGAAAAGAAAAUAGAAAUAAUAAAAUUGGACUUAAGUAAAGUAAUAACCACGAAUUAGACUAGACAAAAUGCUGUAACAUUUAAAUUUAGAAUUAACAGAGGAGAUAUUACAAUACCAAAAGAAAGGCUGCGUACCAUUUUAUUAUUAUUGGUUAUAAUAAAUUAUUAUUAUGAAAAAGCAUACUUGCCAUUAUUAAUGCUGUCGUAUAUUAUGAAAUCGAUUCGACGCAUUAAUUAUAAUUAAACUGCCAUUUUCCACUGACGCAAAUGCCCCCCUGUUCAUGCUAUGGAAAAGAUAAUUAACGUGUGGCUAAUUAGCUAAUGUUCUACGCAUAUCAUUUUGGAUAUUUGCAAGUUUUAUAGUUGUUUGCUGUGUUGCAACUCAGUCUGUUUCAUGUUGUGAUUUAAUGUCUCGUGUGUUUUUUUUACUUUUUGUACGCACGUUAUUUGUUUCCAUUAUCAAAAAUGUAUUGUAAUUUAAAGGUGUUUGUAGAAACGUUGAAACGUUUGGUAAUGUUUAGAUAUACUCGCUGUGAUUGAAGCAAUUCUGUGAUAUUAUUUAACUGUUUAUGAUAUUGUUUGUUUAUUGUAUUUUUUGGGACAAAAAUAAAUAUGUAAAUGCAAA